UACGUCUCGUUCUUUCAAUUCACCUUCGCUUCGUUUCGACCAAUCACAUUCCUUCGGUAGCUUCGGCAGAGCCGCUUUAUCACCAUGCUCCUCACAACGCGCUCGCUGCUCAUUGCAUCUAUUGCAUCAACGAUCGUUGCUUCACCCGUUUCAUUGUCCAAGAAGGGUGUCAGUAUCCGUCGACGGCAGGCACAGAAUGGCGGCAAUGGAAAGGCCGCCUACGUCAUCACCAACGACGAACAACAGAAUGCAGUCGCUGCGAUUUCGAUCAAUGCGGACGGCACCUUGGGCGAUGCGACAGUUACAGCUACUGGCGGUAGUGGCUCGAUCGCAGUGGAUGCAGAUGGAAAGCCAGCUGUGCCUGAUGCGCUUGUAGGGCAGUCUGCUCUGACGAUCGCAGGCAAUCACAUCUUUGCAGUAAAUGCAGGCUCGAACACCGUGUCCAUGCUCGCCAUAUCCCCCGAUGACCCGCUCUCCCUCCAGCUGGUCGGCCAACCCGCAGCAAUCCCCGGAACCUUCCCCAACACCGUCGCCGCAUCCGCCAAAAAUUCCCUCGUUUGUGUCGGUACUACUGGCUCUCAAGCCGGUAUCUCGUGUGCAAACUUUGAUGCGCAGAACGGUAUUGGGCAGAUGGACGGCCUACGACCCUUCGACAUCGGACAGAGCGAUCCACCCGUCGGCCCCACGAACACUGUCUCUCAGUCUUUCUUCUCAGAAGAUGAGAGUAUGCUCUUUACAACUGUCAAGGGCGACCCGGCCGUCAACAACACCGGCUUCCUGAGCGUCUUCCCCGUUCAGGCCGGCCAAGCCAACCUACAGGCACGGAAGAACCGGAAACAGAAAGGGAAAGGCCGAGGUCAAGGUCAAGGCAACGACACGGCAGGUGCUGCAUGUGCGGCGCAGGGCCAAGCAGCUGGCAACGUCGGCACCCUCUCCACACAAGAGACGCGCUCCAGUCCCGCCGGGACCGCCGUGCUCUUCGGCUCGCAAGUCAUCCCCGGCAGCAACAACCAGAUCUUCGCAACGGACGCUUCCUUCGGUGCUGGAAUCCUGUCCGUGGGCGGCGACAUGCAAGCAACGCUCAUCGCCAACCAAGCCAUCGACGGCCAGAAAGCUACGUGCUGGGCCACUAUCUCUGGCGCCACCAACACCGCCUUUGUGACUGACGUCGGCGUGAACCGCAUGGUUGAGAUGAGCCUCGAGGACGCGAGCAUCAUCAGCCAGAUCGAUCUCAGCCAGGAGCAAGCGAGCGCAAAUGAUCCCGGUCUCAUUGAUUUGAAGGCCGCUGGGGGUUUCGUCUAUGCGCUUAGUCCAGGUAAUGGAACGAGCGAGGCGGCCAUCAGUGUUGUGGAUGCACAGACCAAGCAGCUUGUGCAGCAUGCGCGGCUGGGUGCUAUUGGCGUGGGGAGCACGGCUCAGGGCAUGGCGAUCCUAGUGUGAGGGAUCUAAGAGGAGAUUAGAUAUACGUAUAGGUGGGAUUGGUGUGUGCUCGCGGUUCUGGUCAACCGAGAUGUUUUCUUCGAUAUGUAAUUGUAUUACCUUUGCCAGUAGCGUACUGUGCAUUCGACACCAAAGACAUUCCUGUUCUCUUCAUUGUCCAGACUCAUUUACUCCUCCUUCUUUUGC